CGUCACCACCUUUGGGAAUUCUUAGAGAAGCCAAUCAGCCUUCUCCACAUCAGCGGUACAAGUGGGGAGAUACCAGUCCUGUCUGAGACACCACUCGUCUCCAAGGAUGAGGACACCUAGACCCGGCGCCUGCUUGCUCCUGCUGGUGGCCUUGACCCUGACCCAGAACUGUGUAGGCUCACACUGGCUGCAGCUUUUGGACACCUUGGUCUAUGGGCCAGACAUCUGGGAGGCCCGAUUCAUCCAUGUCUGCUAUGUGGACACCACGCAGUUUAAGGGAUUCGACAGCAACGCAGUGACAGCGAGGAUGCAACCCCGGGCUCCGUGGAUGGAGCAGGAGCCGCCUGAGUACUGGGAGAGGGAGACCGAGGAAACCCUGCACAAGUCACAGAACGACCGGAAGUUUCUUCAGGUCCUGAUGAACUACUACAAGCACAGCAAAGACGAAUAUCACACCCUACAGAAGGUGGUUGGCUGCAAUGUGGAUAAUAAUGGGAGCUUCCUCGGCGGUCACUAUCGGUUCACCUACUAUGGCCACGAUUACGUCACCUUGAAUGAGGACCUGAGCUCUUGGAGUGCAGAAGGCAAGGCAGCUCAACUCAUAAGGCGAAGCUGGGAGGAGGAAGGUAAGGCCACGACGUGGAGGACUUACCUGCAGGGGGAGUGUGUGGAAACGCUUCGCAGAUACCUGGACCUUGGGAAGGAGACAUUGCUGCGCUCAGACCCUCCCCAAACACAUGUGACCCAUCAAGUAAGACCUGGAGGGAAUGUCACCCUGAGGUGCUGGGCCCUGGGCUUCUACCCGGCUGAGAUCACCCUGACCUGGCAGAGGGAUGGAAACAACCACACCCGUGACAUGGAGCUGGGAGAGACCAGGCCUGCAGGGGAUGGAACCUUCCAGAAGUGGGCAGCUGUGGUGGUUCUCUCUGGAGAGGAGCAGAGAUACACAUGCCAUGUGAACCAUGAAGGGCUGCCUGAGCCCCUCACCCUGAGAUGGGAGCCUUCUCAGACAAUCCUCUUCCUCAUGGCGAUUCUUAUUGGCUUGGUUUUUGGAGCUUUGGUUAUGGGAGCCAUGGUGAUUUUUCUGGUAUGGAAGAAAUAAAGUAUGAGACACCUACCUUGUGUGACUUCAAAAGCUCCUGACUUUUCUUUCUGCAACUGGCAUCUAACUGUGUCCAGGUGUCUGUCUCCUGUCAGCAUGGCAUAAGGAAGUGAGUUCGGCCCAGAGCCGAGCAUGACUCCUCUCCACACCGACAUGUGUGCCUCCCCAGUCAUCUCUCCUGAUCCAGGACAGGCAGGCCUUGGGAAACUUCCAUUAGAGACUGAACUUUAGUUUCCAAUGAGCUAUAUAUUUAUUCUUCGUUCUUGAAAAUAAUGACGUGGAUAUUUUGGUAAUUUUGUUUGGUAAACUCUUUCCGUGGUUUGCUUAAUGGGUAAACACAACCAGAGCAAAACAACUGAGACAGCAGCUCUGCCUUGAGAAGGUGAAACCCAUCUUUCGAUCUUCUCUGUCCUUUUCUGUGUGCCUCCCUUUCUAUUCAUGUUCAAAUCUGUUAAUGCCCCCUCCUAAAUAAACUUGAACUUUGCUUCA